AUGAACAACAAUUACUCUAACGUGGAGUUGCGGGACAUGCAUUAUUAUUACGGUUUAGCUGCUGGCAAUGCUCUUGCAGCACGACGUUUGUAUCGCGAAGCAUUUCCAAAUAGAAACCUACCCCAAUCGCGAAUGUUCAGUACUAUUCAUCGAAGACUGGGAGAAUUUGGAUCGUUCAAAACUAGAAUUUUUGAUGUAGGUCGACAACGGAAUACUAGAACAGCAGAAGCAGAAGCUCGUAUUUUGAAUUCGAUAGAGAAUAAUCCCAAUCAAUUAGAUAUCAAUUUGAGAUUCNUGGGAUCAGCCCUCCCAAAAGAAUCUAGAGACCUUAGUGAUGUUCCCGCAAAAAGUGCGCGAAAAAGCAGUGCGCAAGAACGACGUGAUGAAACAUUAGAGCGCUUAGAGAAGCUCGAAAGACAGUUGUUGGUAGCUUCGGCUAGUGUUCCUCCUUCUGGUUUUGCUUCAGUGGCAAAUCUCAGGUUACCGCCUUUUGAGCCAUCCUCAAAUUUUGCUGAUCCAGAAGGCUGGUGUGCCAUAGUGGAUUUAUGGGUUGCAAAAUACAACCCUGACAAGAUGGAGUUAAUUAUGGCCCUAUCCAGUGCCAUGAAAGGUGAAGCUGCUAGUUGGCUGGUUGCCGCUAAACCUAUUGAAAAAGACUGGGUAACGCUAAAGGCAGAAUUGCUAGCUGUUUUUGCGAAACCCUUAGAUCCGCUGGAACAGUUCUCGGAAGCUGUGAACGGCAAGAAGAAUAUUCCAGAAGAUACUACCCUCAUCGACGAAAUGCUUCAUUCAAUGAGAACAGUGCUUGCUCUUCUGAAGAAUCGCGAGAGUGAUGAAGCCUUCGCGGUCCUUGUGGCUUGCUAUUUUGGUUCUACGCGGGAAGCUUUUGUCAGAAGAAGGUUCCAAGCAGAGAAGCCCAGAGAUGCCAAAAGUAUGUGUACUAUGCUACAAGGGAGACUUGGAAAGCGACCGGCGCUAUCUCCUUCCGGUCUUCAUACUGGAUUGAAGCGUCAAGCACCAUCUCCCAAACACGAAAAGGUUUCCUUCUUCUCAGGACGAUGCCAUAAUUGUGGACGACCCGGACAUCGAUCGAUCCAUUGCAGAAGGCGACAAUUUCCAGCUACCACAAGCCGCAGCGAAACUCGAGGUCCCGAAACUAGGGCUGUUAUCUGUUAUACCUGUGGGAAACCGGACCAUAUCUCCCCCAAUUGUCCUUCUGCAAGCAGAAAAUCGAGGCCUGAUGUCCCAGAGAAGCGAGUCAGCAUAUGUGAAAAGCAGUCCCUGCCAGUUGGACAGCUCAAGCUGAUUUCCGGUGAGAUCUUUCCUUUUUUAUUUGACACAGGUUCAGAUUGUUCUCUUGUUAAAGAAAGUUGUGCAAAUCAUUUUAAUGGUAAACGUUUUAAUAAUUUAACCUCACUGAAAGGCAUUGGUUUUGGCUCUUUUUUAAAUAAUAGUCAAAUAUUGACAGUCGUGGAUAUUCAAGGAAUUCAUGUUGAGCUAUUAUUUUUCGUUGUGCCUGAUAAUUUCAUGUCUGCUCAAAUUGUUAUUGGUAAAGAUUUAAUAACUCAAAAUAUCAGUGUACGAUACAACGCAGAUGGUUUAUUUUUUUACCGAGAAUGUAAGAUACAAACAGUCGAACGAGAAGCAAUAAAUUUCAAUAGCAUAGAAACAGAUGUUACGGGUGCUGAUAGGCAAAAUUUAGUAACUGUCUUGUCCAAGUACCUCAAUAAUUUUGUUCUGGGAGUCCCGUCGGGGCGUGUAAAAACAGGUAGUUUAGAAAUUCGUUUAAAGGACCCAGCUAAAUAUGUUCAAAGGAGACCGUACCGAUUGUCUUCUGCGGAGCGCGACAUUGUCAGAAAUAAAAUAGAUGAAUUAUUACGUGCUAAUAUUAUCACACCUAGUAGUUCUCCGUUUUCUAGCCCUAUGAUUUUGGUUAAAAAGAAAGACGGUUCAGACCGUAUUUGUGUUGAUUAUAGGGAACUGAACGCCAAUACAGUUCCAGAUAAAUAUCCUUUACCACUUAUAAGUGAUCAGAUCAAUAGAUUACACGGAGCUUAUUAUUUCACUUCAUUAGACAUGGCGUCUGGUUUUCAUCAGAUUCCUGUUCAUCCAAACUCUGUUGAAAAAACUGCUUUUGUUACACCUGAAGGGCAAUUUGCCUAUUUAACAGUCCCAUUUGGUCUCAUGAAUGCGCCAAGUGUUUACCAACGGGCCAUUGACAAAGCUUUAGGUAAUCUACGCCACACUUAUGCAAUUGUUUAUAUCGAUGACAUUUUAAUCCCUUCUGUCUCAAUUUCUGAAGGCCUCGAACGCCUUGACUGUGUUCUUAAAACUCUUGUAGAUGCUGGUUUUUCUUUUAACUUUAAAAAAUGUAAGUUCCUUAAAUUGGAAGUUGAAUAUUUGGGUUUUUCCGUGAGAGCUGGAGAAUUGCGUCCUAAUCCUGGGAAAACUGCAGCUCUGGUCAAUUCUCCUAUACCAAACACACCUACGCAAGUUCGUCAAUUUCUUGGAUUAGCUUCAUAUUUUCGAACAUUUAUACCCAAUUUUUCAAAAAUUGCUGCUCCAUUA